GUUAUCACCUGGGCCGCGGGGCCCACUCGGUGAAUGCUUGUACCCGAAUAUACUCUGCCCAUAUCCCUUCAAAACCACCUCUUUUCUAUUUUGUUCGUGUUCCCCAUUAUUCCCAUCUCUCUCUCUCUCUCUUAGUCUAGAUACAUACAACGCAUGGAUUCAGUACUAAUAUCCCUGGUAGGAUUAUCUGCUUUGGUUUUCCUGAUUCUCGACACCCUCGAUUCGCAUCAAUCUUCGAAACAGAGCGGCUCUGAUGUAGUAAUUGCGAGGAGAGGAGGAGGUGAAAGUGUCGGUGCGGAAGGAGAGGGAGAGAAGCGUCGGGAAUCGGAGUGUAAUCGGAUCAGUGAUGAUUGGGAGGGAGUUGAGAGAAGCGAAUUGGAGAAGAUCUUUGGUGAGGCUAUGGUUUAUGUGGAAUCAUCUCAGAACAUUGGUGAAGAUGUGAAGCUGCUGCUCUAUGGGCUUCAGAAGGCUGCUCUUCAAGGGCCUUGCUACGGAUCGCGGCCCACGCCAUUGCACCUAUCUGCUCGAUCCAAAUGGAACGCUUGGCAGAAGGUAGGGAAUAUAAGUGAGGAGAUAGCGAUGGAGAAAUAUAUAGCCACGUUAUCGGAGGUAAUUCCUGAUUGGAAUAAGUGUGAAAGAGAUGAAGCUGGGAGCUGACUGUAAUUGGAUUGUCAAUAUUGGCUGAAUGUUGAUAAUUGAUGAACAUAAUGGCAGCAGGGGUGUAUAUAUACAUAUAUAUUAGAAUAAUUGAUAGCAUUAGUCAUAAUAAUUAUGUGAAGGGAAAGGAGUCAUUUUCUCUUGAAUCUACCGUUUCAAUCUGAUAGGCAUAUCUUACCCCUCUUAUCUACCUAGCAAUAGAAGGGAAGAGAUGUGCAUUACUCAAUUAUUUUUUUACUCCAUUUAAUUAAUUUUUUUUUUGCUCA